GCUCGACGCGCCCUCGGCCUCUCUCAACUCGAGUCUCAAAGCAUCCCCGCCCUUCAUCUUCUGCCUUUUCCCAUCUUCUUUGUUUCACUCAACGACAUGCAUCGAGCGGCGCAAUCGCCUCCUCUGCACCAUCCGGUGCCGCAGCACGUGUCGACCGUCCCCCAGCUCCGAUCUCCGCCUCCGCCUCCAGGGUCCGCGCAGUCGCAUGGGCUCGGCUAUGGCGGGAAUCCGUACCAGCAGCAGGGCGGCAACAUCGGCAAUGCCUUUGGCGCAUACGGACAGUUUAUGAACGAUCCCACGGCCCAGGUGGCGGCGCAGUUUGGCCAGACGGCCUUCAAGCACGGCCAGGAGUACGUGGAGCAGAAUAUUGGCCGCUACGUCAACGUCUCCGCGCUCAAGUACUACUUCAACGUCUCCAACUUUUACGUCGUCAACAAGCUAUUCCUCGUCCUCUUCCCAUGGAGGCACAAGCCCUGGUCCCGCAAGCAGGCUGUGGGCGCAAACGGCCAAGAACUGCGCUAUCUGCCCCCUCGCGACGACAUCAACAGCCCCGAUAUGUACAUACCAGUCAUGGCAUUGGUCACGUAUAUUCUCCUGUCUACAUUGGUAGCUGGUGUAAGGGGCCAGUUCAACCCCGAGCUCUUGGGAUACACGGCGACGAUCGCGCUCGGCGUGGUGAUUUUCGAGAUUAUCGCGCUCAAAGUGGGAUGCUACCUUUUGAGCAUCUCCAGCCAGUCCCAGCUCCUCGACCUGAUUGCGUAUUCUGGAUACAAGUUUGUCGGCAUCAUUGUGACCAUUGCCAUUGCAGAGAUUGUCAACGGUGGAAAGGGCACCGGAGGCUGGAUUGGAUGGCUGGUUUUUAUCUACACCUUCCUGGCCAACUCCCUUUUCCUGAUGCGAUCGCUAAAGUACGUCCUCCUGCCUGAGACAGCCGCCAACUCGGGAGGUCCUAUGCAGACCGACACCAGGGUGAAGCGCAACCAGCGGACACAGUUCCUCUUCUUCUACUCGUACCUUGUGCAGCUCUUCUUCAUGUGGCUGCUCACAAGACCUUGA